UCAGUGUCGACCAGGCCAUGAUCCAAGGAGUCUUUAAAAAACCCUUUACGACACCUUGGCGUCCACUUACUACAAGGAACGGUUAGUUACAGGUUAUGUGGCUGCCUUGGUCUACUGACUGUCUGGAGAAGUCGAACUCGUAGAUCUACUCGUAAGUCGGGUCCCACCGGUCUACCGCGAGGCGAAGGUACGAUCUACGUAGAUCUACCGUGAUGUCACGCAUGUGUGUGCGUGUGGCCGUACCGGCCGUAGACUUGCCAGCACCGUCAGCAGGACCCUAAUCCCUAUAAUCCCUAUGCUAGUACACGUACAAUCUGAAUCAGUCAUUACCGAUAUGGUCGGAUUGAUGUGAGUGACAAGGCUAGCCUUCGGACUCGUGCGGAGCGGCUCGAACUGCGCGCAGUGACGGACAAGAAAGAAGUGUACUUCAAGUAGGUUCUCGGUAGCUACCCCGGUCCUGUCGCUCGUAUCAGUUUUGCGGCCGGCCAGAUCCACGGCAAAUGUUCAGCCCCUAGCCCUGUCUCCGGACCGUCCGUGCGAAGAAGUUCCCGCUCGCAAUGUUAUCGUUGGCGUGGCUACAUCGAUAGCCAAUAUGGAGGUUGUCUUGGUGUCUCAAUUGCUUGAAUGAAAGAAGUCCUCGCGGAAUCUGCUCAGUGCUUGCUUUGGAUUUCUGACAGGGGCGGUUGCGGAUGACCGCAUUAGCAACACAACUGCUGAACUACGUACACAUGGACGUAGUUACCUAGUGACGUCCGUGUGAAAUCUGAUAGUGACAUUGGGCAGCGGAGAGUGAUAAUUAUGAUAGUUUCAGCCUCCGGUGUUAUAAUUAUUCGUCUGUUUGUGCGAAGAAGCUGAAGCAAACUGGAGGGGAGAGAGGUUUGUGGAAAGUAGAAGGCGGCUCAGCCACGGUAGCCACUGCCAGGGAGUCUUCGCAGGGAAGCAGCACAUUUGUGCAAGCGCGUUCGUGUAUGCGUGCUCAGCAGCCACAGUGUGUGCAGGAAGCACAGAAUAAGAAGAGCAGCGCCGUGCGAGACCCGGACCCGCACUGCUCCUCGAUAUCAGACCAGCUUUUGCUGAGUAGAUCUACGAGUCGAGUGCAGGUUGCGCCAGGUGCUGCAUGACGCCACAAGCUAUACAGGGAGGUAGACCUACGACUUGGACGCACCUGCCCCGUUCGCAUUCUUCCCUGCUUCCCAACCGGGCAGCUGCAUUGGUCACGGUGGUGAACGCUACAGCACAGCGAUUAUAAUAAUGGUUGAUACAGUGUGCAAUAACAAUAACUAGGAGUGCUGAGUGCUUGUUAUUGUCAUACUGGUUUACACAGGGACAUAGGCAGUGCUACAUACCUAUGUUCCUAGCUGAACCAAGCACACCCAGCUGUACGGGCAACAGCUGUAACAGCCAGCACACUAACACAUGGAGCAGUGGACUAAGCCGACAUGAAUACAGUUGCAGCCAGGCAGUGCGGCAUGCUUAUUUCCUGUCCCCGACCAGCUUAGAAAAGGAUCUUGCUUGGACUAACACAACCAAUCCACUGCCGCUGCUCCACCGCUCCUCAUGCUCUUCCGUCCACCCCAAAGGACUGCUGGAAACUCGGAAAAUAGCGUCAGUCCAGUGUGUCAGUGCUUGAGGGUGAAGAGAACAGAGUAUACGGUGCCUGCUACUUCACACUGUGUGUAAGCAAUGCCCAGUGAGGCCAUCCAAGGAAGCUCUGGACGUGGCCACGUUCGGUGCCCAUGCAAACCGGAUUGCCAGAAUCGAACCACUUGCUAUGGUGCAUACUGCCGCGUUCGGGAUAUUGAUGGAGAGCUGGUGUUCGGCUGUAAAACAGUCUUAACAUUUGCAAAUGGCUUUGUCGUAGGACCCGCCACACGGCCGCCGUCCUGCGACAAUGAGCCAGACGACCCACCCGUGAAAAAGUGCUGCUACGAGAAUAUGUGCACAGAAAAUUAUACUGCUACACCGACAACAACUGCAACAACUGCUGCAACAACUGCAACAACUGCUACAACAACUGCAACAACUGCUCUCGCAUCCACUUCAUCCAGCAUAACAUCCACUGUAUCAACAUCGCUUGCUGUGACCAUCUCAAUGCCACUGGUAGCAGCAUUCGUGCUAUUCAGUCUUGCCGCGUUCUUGGUCUACAAGCUGUAUCGCCGCUCUGGUGCUGUUCCGCCGGACGACAAGUUGUCGAGAAGCUCCUCCAUGGCAGGUGGGGAUGAUGAGGCAGGUUUAAGCUCCGGAGGUGCAUUGUCCAGUGGGCGACAGGGAGUCGGCAGACUAGCUGCGCGUAGUCUAGCUGAUGCCAUUGAUUUGGACAAGACUAUCUCACUCGGCUGUGGCGCGUACGGAACGGUCUACAAGGGUGUGUGGCGAGACCGGCAGGUAGCAGUCAAACUGUUCACUGAUGAACGUGCUUUUCGCUGGGAGCAUGACAUCUUGUCUGUGUUUAACCUCAGUCACCGAUCUAUAGUGGAGUUCUUUGGUGCGGACAUGGUGUGCGGUGAGUCGUCCAUCACACAGUACUGGCUGAUCACGGAGUACUAUCAGCUGGGCUCUCUCCAGCGCUACCUUUGUGAGGAGGCGUUCUCGCUUGUUGACACCAGCAAGCCGUGUAGUGCGGGUCGUGCUCCUGAAAGAGCUACAUCUGUGAGGCACUGUACAUGUGAUCUUGGUGACCAUGGUAAUAGAGAAUGCAGUCGACGUUGCUCCUCCAAUACCGGCCAGCAGCCCGGGAGCCCGAGUGCGGUAUUUCCACAGCACGAACGAGAGCUGCUGAGCCUCGUUCGCACCAUUGUCUCCGGCGUUGAUUACCUGCACACGUCCGUAAGCCGUCGGAUGGCUGUGCUGGGAGACGUCGCAAGGACACCACACUGCAAGCAAGGAGCACCAUACAGUUCCGGUAUUCCGGCAGCGGAUCACCCGGGAUUCGCCAAGCCCAUCAUGGCUCACCGCGACCUCAAGUCGGCAAACGUUCUGGUGCGCAGCGACCGCACAUGUGUUCUGGCUGAUUUUAGCUUGGCUGCCUUCUUGGACCCAUCGUCAAACCGUGUUCAACAUCCUCUGCACUUGGCCAAGCAACACGGAACGAAUCGAUAUCUGCCUCCUGAAAUCCUGAGUGGCACGGCGGGCAAUGACAUGAAGUCAAUGCAUCAGCAGGAUAUCUAUUCGAUGGGAUUAACCCUGUGGGAGAUUGUCAACUGCUGCCCUGUAAAAGGCCGAAUGAAUGCCACCUAUGCUCUGCCGUAUGGCCAGGAACUGAACAAGGGCAAUCCCAGCAUUGAUGAGGUCAGGCAGAUAGUCUGUGACUAUGCUUUGCGACCGGCCAUGCCCAACCAAUGGAGCCAAAGCCAAACCCUGACCAAGCUCCAGUCCAUCUUAAAGUCCUCCUGGGAUGCCGACCCGCAGCGAAGACCCACCAGUACAGCAGUGGCACGGCAGGUUGAGGGCCUGCGCUCCUCGCUGCCGGAUGCCGCGAUGCCCUGCCACGGCAUGGGCAGCCGAUCGUCGGCAUCGCCCAGGCCACCGGCAUGUGCUGAGAGUUUUGCAGCACUACAGGGUGACGUGCAUGGCUGCCCCGGAAAAGAUCCAAGCACACCAGCAGCACUUCCGGCAAGUAUGGCGUCCGUGUGCUGGAACGCCGAUCAGUCCCACUCCGAUGGGCCAUCCAACGACUCCUCUCAGACUGGUGCAAACAACUCACAUGCGUCACCGCCAUUCAUGCAGGUUAAGCCAACUUUUGUGUCAGUCGAAGUCUGAGCUGUACGUGCAUCAGUCAGCUGCUUUCACGCAAUAAGAACGAAGGAGGGCCCGAAAUCCCAUAUCCUUUUUAAAAUCAAGUUCAGCUCUUCUUACUUAUCCAACGUCUCCUGUGGGAAUAUUUGUAUUUGCACAAGCUUCACGUUGCCUCUGAUAAAGCUUCGUAAGAAGUACUUUGAGCCAGGGAGUCGUAAAGCACCAUAACUCCCCGCGUUGAGCCUAGUGAUCCGUAUACUAUUGACUCAUUAUACUUUGAAAAGGAACGUGAUCAUGAGUUUCUAAUUAAUCCACGUCCAUGAUUACAUAGAAAACCCUACAUCAUCACCAAACACAUCCAUGAUGAUAAUAUGCCUUCCGAAGCAGUUUCAUGGCAGCCGCAGAGUGAGCUGCCUAUCAGUCACGGUAGGGUGACGAUUCGACAAUUCUACUUUGAAAGCUAACACGCAGUAGUUCCAACUGCUUGAAAUGUCAAAGUCUGGAGAAUAUUUAAUCUGAUCUUGCCAAGUCCACUGCCAUAUUAGCCACUUAGGGCUAGCACGUGAUAUCACAUAAUGCUUUUUAUUAAUGGUGCAGUUAAUACCGGGCUGGAGCUAUGCCAAUUUCCUUAUGGAACUCGGUUGAGCACAAAGUCAACUUUACUCUUUAUUUAGAAAGGAAAAGGAUACAUUUCAUUUAUUGUUGGCUUAACAUCCGAGUUUCUAACUCUUUAUUAAUUUUAUUAUGGACUGCCGCAGUGUUUGGUGUGGCUUCUCAUUUCUGCCACAUGCCAACAGGGCUGGUUUUGUAACUGUUUCGAGUCAGCAAAGUUUGCAGAAGCUUUUGUGACACUGCGGCAGAGUGAUGAUAUUAACUCCCUAUCUGGAUAGGUAGCUGUUUCCAUUUUCUUACACGACGUACUCGUAUACAGUGUAAUUAGCUAUGUGCGCACUGUGACUAGGCACACUCAUGCUUAGCCUGGACAAUGUCCAGAGCAUGGGCAUGUGUACCUAUCACCAAGUUAUCAACUGAUUACUUGUUCCACAUUUUAGUAAUAAUUAUAUUGACACCGAAUAUGAGAAUAAUCUGAACUGAGAAUGCACUAGCUCACUAGUACUAGCACUUCUUUUCCAAUCAUUCAACAACUCAACCUUUUCUGAUGAGGCCCGCUCAAUGACCGAAACAGCUGUCAGAAGGAAUACAAUUUCAGUACUCCAAAGGA